AAGAAGAAGAAGAUAAAGGAGCCAGAAAUUAUUUAUUUGCAUAAAAAGCAGUUAAAUUGCAAGAUAUCACUAAAUAAAUAACGCGAAGAGUUGUUAGCUCUGCUGCGCUGAGCGUUUGCUAAAUCACGGUGCUGUUAUAGCGCGUCUGUGAAUCUCGAGAUCGCAGCGAUAAGGAUUAUUCAAUCUACAACUCGCUGUGUUGUGAGUUUGCUGACGACAGCGAAGACGACACCGAAAUCGUGACGAAAUCGUGCUCAACGCAAAAGCAGAAAUUAUUGAUACGUGGAUCCAGCGAAAGUAGUUUGCAAAUCCGGCAACCUUUGGUGAGGAAAACGACGAUCCAGUUUUUUAGAAAGUUACCGGUGGUGCUACUAGGCAACAGAAGGAACAGACAGACCAACGUACGCGAUGCCGCCGACAAAUAAUCGGCCGGAUGAGUUACCGCCACCGAAGGCGGAUUUUAGUGCGCCGCCACCGUACGAAGCACACGAUACACAGUGCGAUGAGUACGGUCGUCAGCAUUCGGGCGGCGUACCGGUUCCGGAGCUGACUACCAAGCUGCCGACCUACGAGGAGGUACAGAUGGAAAAGAUGAUCAACCAUGAGCUACCGUUGCCACCGAUGCCACCGCCAAUGCCACCACCACCACCGAGCAUUACGUCGAUGGGCCGUGGUCCGGUCGUACCGGGAGGGCCGCAGGUUACGUUCAUCGCCAUUGAUGCCGAUGGCGAGAACAUUAGCGCUGACAACAGCCUACUUGGCACGGAUAUCGUCUUUGUGACUGCAUUCCUCAUUGCGUUCCUGUUCAACUGGAUCGGAUUUCUGGUGCUGACCUGUUUCUGCCACACGAUUGCCGCUCGCUAUGGUGCCCUGUCCGGCUUUGGGCUGUCGCUGGCCAAGUGGACGCUGAUCGUGAAACACUCGACCGAUUUCGCUUCGCACGAAAACUCCUGGCUGUGGUGGUUGAUCAUGGCGUUCGGCUUUUUGAUCUGCGUCCGGGCUCUGGUGCAGUACAUCAGCAUCAAGCGCACCUGGCGGCUGCUGUCCACCUCCGCGCAGGAGCGAUUGCUAUUUUUCUACUAAAAAAACAGGUGCACUUCACAUGCGCGCUAAUAUAGUUGAAACACCCAACCACGGGUCCGUGGAGGGUCUUUUAACGCCCCGGGGGCGAUCUCUCAAUGUUCCCACAAUGUGUGUGAGUGUGUGAAUUGACGCGUUUUCCCCCCACAUCCCCAACUCUAGGGCCAGCAGACACCACGCCUUCUGGGUUUUACCUUUUGAAACCAGAUCCUAUGUUGCACCAAUUUCCCGGUUGGCCAUGUCUUCCUUCUUUUCCUAUCCAUGCGCCAUACCAUCAUGUGAUUGCAAUCAAAGUAGCACAUUCAACCCAGAUAUCCACCUCUUGGAUUUUUACUAUAAACACUCCACACAUCUGCACCUCUUCGCAGAGUCUCUCCAGUUUUGGAUUCUGUUAACUGUUAUUUGGUAUAUUGCUUAUAGCUAGUUUUCGUUAUCUUUCAUGUUUCUUAUUAAGGUAUCGGAAUCAUGCACACUCGCACACAAAAUGGACACAUAUUCACUUUCACCCCACUUUAUUGGUCGCUAUGAGACAAGUUGGCUGGAUGAUGUGUUGCUAGGAGCAGAGUAGAUUUGGUGUAAAAAUGGAUGCUAUUUUAAUGGUCAUAGAUGAUGCGGUGGCUACUGUCGACUAAUAGUAGUGGGCAACUACACAUUAUACACACACAAAAAAACACGUACACAACACACAAUCACAAAUUUGCGCCACACAAAACCACAUAAAUGUGCUGUUGGACAGCAACUGCAUCAGGUAGAAUUUGGGCCGGGUUACCUUGUGGGUAUCACCGCAUUGUUGUACUUUGUAAAUAGUUUGUAACACAACGAGCGAGCGGAGAGGAGUGGAGGAACAGAGAAAAAGCGAGGCAGAAAUGCAAAGCCACGGCAGGACUAUAUUACACGUAGUAACAGCUCUAAACCACGAAAGCAGAAGCAGAACAUACUAUAUUAUGCUCGUAUGCACCAUGGCAUAGGUCGAGGAGAUAAAUUACUACAAAUAAUUGUAAAACCCUCAGCUGUAAAACACGGUACGCGUUUGUCUUACUAUUUGUGAAACUCCUAAAAAACAACAUCAAAAAAAAGUAUCCAAAUAUAGUCCUACGACCAAAAAACUA